AUGGCCAAUCUGAUCCUCCAGACUGACUCUGAUACCCCAAACUCUCCUAUCGGGGUUAAUUGGGUGACGAGCUUUAUCAACAGGCGUCCUGAGAUCAAAUCUAGGUUCUCUAGGCGCUAUAAUUACUCUCGUGCCCUGUGCGAGGGUCCUAGGAUCAUUCGGGAGUUCUUUAAUGAGCUGCAGAAGAUCUGUAGCAAUAACGGUAUCCUAGAUGAGGAUAUCUACAACUUUGAUGAGACAGGAUUCGCUAUGGGAAUGAUUGCAACUGCAAAGGUAGUUACAAGGCGUGAAAUGCCUGGCAGGCCAUGGCUUAUUCAACCUGGAAAUCGCGAAUGGGUGACUACAAUUGAAUGUAUUAACACCCGGGGAUUCUCGCUGCCAACUACUAUUAUCUUCAAAGGAAAGGUGUCAAUUGAGGGAUGGUAUGAUGACUACAGCAGCCUUCCAGAAGAUUGGCGGAUUGAAUUAUCAUCAAACGGCUGGAAAACUGACGACUUAGGCCUUAGAUGGCUUCAAAAACCGUUUAUUCCUGCAACUACAGGGCGUACAGUUGGUCGAUAUCGACUACUCGUCUUAGACGGUCAUGGAAGCCAUUUAACGCCUCGAUUUGAUGCAAUAUGCAAGGAUAAUAAUAAUAUUCCUAUAUCUAUGCCUGCGAAUUCGUCUCACCUCCUCCAGCCUUUGGAUGUAGGCUGUUUUGGACCAUUAAAAAAGGCGUACGGAAGAUCUGUUGAAGAUAGAUCUCGCCUCGGCAAAACUCAUAUCGACAAAUUUGACUUCCUAAAAGCCCUUCCUGCGGCUCGGCAAGACGCUUUAACUGUUCAGAAUACCCAGAGCGGUUUUACAGCAACUGGAAUAGCCCCUUUUGAUCCUCAACGGGUGCCAGAUAAGCUUAAUAUAAGAGUCUUUACCCCGGAAGCCCCCUCUACAGGAGUCCAAUCCUCUGCGACCUCCUCCGCGCUUGUAACACCUCAUACAGUUCGUCAACUACGCCGGAGAACCUCUACGCUUCAAAACUCUAUACAGAGUCCAGAUACUGGUACCCUGGAGGCUUCAAUUGCUCGCUUGGAGAAGUUAGAACGAGGCUUUGAAAUAUCGCUAUACGAUACACAUUUUAUGGCUCAAGAAAACCGUCUUCUACGCCAAGAAAUUACACGCCAGCAGCUUAAAACGCAACGAUCUAGACAUUAA